GUAUAUGCAGAAAACACAUUAUAACACACAGCAAAUAAAUAAGAUAAAAAACAGAGGGAAUCUCUUGAAAAUAUCUUGAUUUGUUUUCCACACAUCCCUUUACUUAAGGUACAGUACAGAAGAAUGGACAUCUGAAUGCAGUUUCCGUUUCAUCCAGAAGAUGGCAAAAGUUUGGUGCUUUUCUGCCUUCCUUCCCCCCCGUCUUUGAUGUCAAACUCAGCCAAAGUAACUCACUAAGUUUGAACCGAGGGAGAGCACGUGGCAGAGUGCAGGGUGCACAGACCGGCGAGCAAGGCAGAACAAGACUGAGUGGCAGACGGUCCUCCAUCAUGGGCAAAGCAGUUUUCUGGCUCCUGCUCCUCACGCUGCCUCCCCGCCUGGUUUCAGGGGGCAUGGACUCCUGCUAUGACACCCACGGCGCUCCGCACCGAUGCCUACCCAAGUUCGAGAAUGCAGCUUUCAACAAAACUGUACUUGUAUCCAAUGUGUGUGGCUCUCCGCCAGAGGACUUCUGCAUGCAGGCUGGCUCCACCAAGUCAUGCCAUCACUGCGAUUCCAUGGACCCCCUCCAACAUCACAACGCCACCUACCUGACAGACUUCCACAGCGAGGAAGAGCCAAGCUGGUGGCAGAGCCAGUCAAUGUUUUACGGGAUCCAGUAUCCUACGUCUGUGAACUUAACUCUACACUUGGGGAAAGCCUAUGAAAUUACCUACAUCCGGCUCAAGUUCCACACCAGCCGUCCCGAGAGCUUUGCCAUUUACAAGAGGACUCAAGAGGGAGGACCCUGGCUCCCAUACCAGCACUACAGCGCCUCCUGCAGGAAGACUUAUGCUCAAAGCAACCAAGGCUAUAUCCGGCCCGGGGAGGACGAGCGGACAGCCACCUGCACUGACGAGUUCAGUGACAUCUCGCCCCUCACUGGAGGGAACGUGGCCUUCUCCACGUUAGAGGGGAGGCCAAGCGCUUAUAAUUUCGAUCAAAGCCCUGUGCUCCAGGAGUGGGUGACAGCCACUGACCUUCUCAUUUCCUUGGACAGACUCAACACCUUUGGGGAUGAAUUCUUCAAGGACCCAAAGGUUCUCAGAUCCUAUUAUUAUGCCAUUUCGGAUUUUUCAGUGGGUGGCAGGUGCAAAUGCAAUGGCCAUGCAAGUGAAUGUGUGAGGAAUGAAGCGGGGAGGCUCGUGUGUGACUGUCAGCACAACACCGCGGGUCCUGACUGCGAGAGAUGUCAGCCGUUUUACCAUGACAGACCCUGGGCAAGGGCAACGGCUGACUCAGCUAAUGAGUGUCUCCCGUGUAACUGCAGUGGACGUGCAGAGGAGUGCUACUUUGACGCGGAGCUGUACCGGCGUACGGGACAUGGAAGCCACUGUUCGAACUGCAGGGACAACACAGACGGACCCAACUGUGAGAAGUGCAAAGACAAUUUCUACCGGAGCUCUCCACAGGAUGUCUGUCUGCCCUGCAACUGCAGCGUCUUAGGAUCGUCGAGCCUGCAGUGUGGAGGUGACGGGCACUGUGUCUGUAAACGGAGUGUAGCGGGGGAGAAAUGUGACAGCUGUCAGCCCGGAUACCACUCACUCACCGCAGCUGGCUGCAGGCCCUGCCACUGCCAGCCUUCAGGCAGUGUUGGCUUCUGCGGCUCCCAGGACGGACAGUGCCGCUGCAAGGCUCAUGUGGAAGGAUAUUCCUGUGACAGAUGCAAACCAGGAUCUUUCAACCUGGAUUCCCAGAAUCCUGAUGGAUGUUUGAACUGUUUCUGCUUUGGACACUCGGCUGUCUGCACAUCAGCCUCACACUACUCAGCAAUCAACAUCACCUCUGACUUCACUGAAGAUACAGAAGGCUGGAUAGGGGAGUUUUCAAAUGGGCUAGAAAGCUCUUUGAUCUGGAAGGAGGGUGAGGUAUACUUGCUCCCUUACAGUGAGAAAGACUCUGGCUUCUAUAAAGCACCUGAAAUGUUUUUGGGGAACAGACAGCUGAGUUACGGGCAGCCCCUCUCCUUCACUUUCCAAGCGGAGAGUGUGGAGCUCUUGCCACAGGAGGUGAAGGUGAUUCUCCAGGGUUCUGGAAUGGAAGUCACCACACAUCUUUUCCCUGUUGCUGGACAGAAAUUGAGCUUGAUUCCUCAGUGCACGUUUGUAUUCAGGCUCCAUGAAAAAGAGGAAAGACAGCGGCCUUCCUUGUCUUCUUCUGACUUCCGACACCUUCUCUCCAACCUCACCGCGAUUAAAAUAAGCAAUGCCGGAGGCCAGAACUAUACUGCCCAGCUCUCAGGGGUCACCCUUGUAACAGCUGCCCCGGGCCCCUCUCCAUCUGCCCCCUGGGUGGAGGAGUGUACAUGCCCCCAGGGCUACAUGGGGCAGUUCUGCGAGGACUGCACCCCAGGGUACAAGCGUGAGAUUCCCAACGGUGGUCCCUUUGUUCGCUGCAUCCCCUGCACCUGCAACCAGCAUGGCAUCUGUGAUCCAGAAACAGGUGUCUGUCAGUGUACAGACAACACUACAGGCCCGGCCUGCGACAGUUGCUUGCACGGUUUCUAUGGGAACCCUCUGAUUGGCAGCUCCAGUGACUGCCAGCCUUGUCCUUGUCCCAGCCAGUCUGGCUGCACGCAGAUCCCUGCCACACAGGAAGUGGUGUGUACGGAGUGCCCACCGGGGCAGAGGGGGAGGCGAUGCGAGCUCUGCGACGACGGUUUCUACGGCGACCCGCUGGGGGCCUACGGGCACGCGAGGCGCUGCCUGCCCUGCGAGUGCCACGGCAAUGUGGACCCCAACGCCGUGGGCGUGUGCGACCCCGUGGCCGGGCGCUGCCUCAAGUGCUUACAUCACGCCGAGGGGGACCACUGCGAGCGCUGUCGGGAGGGUUACUACGGCAACGCGCAGGCCGCGCAUCCUGGCGACAAGUGCAAACCUUGCAGCUGCAGCCCUGCCGGCUCCCUGGGGUCACCGCCUGGCUGCGACCCCCAGACUGGCCAGUGCCCAUGCCUGAGCCGCGUGACUGGACGAGACUGCAGCCGCUGUGACACAGGCUCCUUCAACCUUCAGCCUGGGGCCGGCUGUGAGAGGUGUGAGUGCAGUCCUGUGGGUGCUGUCUCCCCGGCCUGUCACCCCGUGUCAGGGCGCUGCACAUGUCGCCCUGGGGUGGAAGGAGCCAGGUGUGACUCCUGCCGGGAUGGGUUCUUUGGCUUCUCCUCCAGGGGCUGCAGAGCUUGCAACUGUGACCCCAUGGGCUCUGUCACCAUGCAGUGCCACGGUAACGGGACAUGUGUGUGCCGAGAGGGCUUUGUAGGAUACAAGUGUGACCAAUGUGAGCUCAAUUACUUCCACAACAGGGGCUCACACCAGUGUGAGGAGUGCCCUGCGUGCUACAGUCUUGUGAGGGAUGAGGCUGCCAAACUUAAGGAAACUCUGCAGGCUUUAGAGAAUCUGCUGGAGAAGUAUGACUGUCGCUACCGCAGAGGACCUGAAUACUACCCAAUACAGAGAGAGCAUUCCUGGACAAACUCCCUGGAGGGGCUGCUAGCAAUGCAAGAUGCCAGGGACGCCUUUGUGAAUGAGUUUGCUCAGCUGGAGAGAUCUGCAGAGCAAGUGCAGAAGAGACUCGGUACCGUAAGCCUGAUAUUGAACUGCAGCAGCCAGGAGACGGAUAAGCCAUGCAGUGCCCUGUCAGACACCACGUCCCUCAUGAGCACAGCUCAGAGACAGCUGCAGCAAGCAAAGCAGAUGCUGGACACUAUGGUCAUUCCUGUUGAAAUGCCAACUGGGCCCAACCAAUGGACAGCUCUGGUAAAUGAAUCACAGGUCCUUGCACUAAGUCAAAUGGAAGCGGCAGGUUUGAUUGAAUCGGCAGCAAAAGGGGCUUUUAUGGCAUCAGAUCAGACCUUUUCUCGGCUCCUGACUUUCCUGGAGGAAAAUUCCACCGAGGCCUACAUUAGGACCCUGACCGAGCAGUACUUACAAAUGCAUCAAUCAAAAUAUAAUUUAACAAUCUCAGUGAAUGAGACUUUAACAGAAGCCAAGAAAACUCAUAUUUCAGUACGAAGGACAAAUGCUGAGAUUACAGAUGCCUUCCUCAAGUUCACUACAUUCCAGAAAGAACUGAUGUCAGAGCCUAAUUUCAAUGUGACUGACUUGCAAGCAGAGGAAAUUCUUGCAGUGGUUCUGAGUAACAAAACUGCAGAAUCAGACAAAUUAAUUCAGUCAAAAGAUGAGCAGAUCAGUAAAAUACUGCUGGAGUUGCAGCCACACCUGGAGUCCAUUGAGAAGGAUAUGGAGACCAUCCAACAUUAUGAUCAGCUAACACCUCGUGCAACAGAAUCCAAAUCAGUUGCCCUUUCCUCGGUUGUGAAGGGGAAAGAGGUCGAGGCAGAAGCCAGUGCUUUACUGAAGGAGUUAGAAGUGAUGAAGAAGUCCUGGCCUCGAAAGACUGCUCAGACUAAAGCAUCGAUGAAGAAAGCAAAAAUAGUAAAAGAAAAGAUAUUGGAAGAUUCUAAGAAAAAAACAAAACAGGGAGAGAGGAUGUUAAGAUAUGCUGUGGACAACUCUACACUGGCAAAUUCCACAGCCAGGGAGGCACAGGGUAUUGCCAGUGAAGCUUCAAAGGUUGCAAAGGAUACUCUCUCCCAAACCAGAAAAGCCCAAAAUGAAUCACUUCUAUUGAACUCUACAGUUGAUGCGGUACUUCACGAGCUGGCAGACCAGGAGGGCAGAACCUCACAGCUGAAGAGAGAGAUAGGGGAAAUGGAAGAGAUAGCAAACACAGUGGAUGGUAUGAAGGAGAAUAUUCAAACUGCAAAGCAUGCCCUAGAGAGUUACUCACUGAUGUUGAGUGAGCUUCUUCAGGAGAUAGACGAAGACAAGGCAAAUGAAAGGUAUGACAGCCUAUUGAAUGAAACCCGCUCCCAGCUGGGCGUCCUGAGACGGGGCUUGGAGAGCACGAGUUUGGAUCUGAAAAUACAGGGGCUUCGCGCCGCGGCCCAGGAGCAGGAAUCCCAGCUGGAGGAAGUCCGCAAGAACAUCGAAGACAUUCUGGAGGAGAAAAGGGGUUUAGAGGACAUUAUCCUCAAUCUGCCAGAGGGGUGCACGGACAGGCCAAAGACUGGAGAUCUGUGAGCUGAAGCAGGCUGAGCACUUUUUCCAAGAGCAAGAACUGAUGGCGAAACAGCACACUGGAAGAGCUCUCCACAACAGCACCUGGAACACGACACUUUUCAGUGCUUCACCUCUUUUGUCUUGUAACUGAAACAGAUCUGCAGCACAGGCCUGUAUUCACUGCAGUCGGUGGCGUCGCCCACAGUUUCCUUCACACCCACGCAAGGCGGGAGGCUCACACAAAUACGGCAGCAUCCUUUCAAUACCAGCGCUUCAAUCCUGCUCCAAUUCUCUGAAGAAGAAAAAGGACCGAAUGCGAGAAUUUAAAAGUUUUUAUUGAUCUCCUUUGUAUGUGUUCUCCGUCUCUGGGAUGACAUAUUGAAGGAAUGCUUGAUGUAAAAAGAAUUGUAUUGAUUUCCUUAUCUUACCUUUUAUAGUAUUCCUCACCGAGUCUUUAAAGUUUGAUGCACAUAAGUUAGACGGACUUCAAAACAGCUCCAACAAACUACAAUUAUACUAGUGUGAAGUCUGAUAUUCAGCAGUACCUUAUCUAGAGUCCUCAUUAAGAACUUAACUCAUUUUCUUCAGCAUAUUUUAAUUAAAGAGCAGCUCUUUUGUGCUCUUUCACAGCACUGCUACUCAGCCUGGUUUUUCUUUUGUUCUUUUCGGUUCUCAACCUCAUACAUCGUGUUAUCAGAUGUAAAAUGAUGCCAGUUCUGUGCAGAACAGUCAAUGAAAUGUAAUGGAAGAGUAACUGCUGACUAAUGGACUUAUGUUUUUUUUGCCAUUCCUUUGCUAGAUACAUUUCUGUGGCAAGGUUAAAAUUGCCCACAGUUGACACAUUCUUAAGUUCCCCAGAAAUUAAUUUCAGGCUGAUCCUCAGUUAAUGAAGUUUUACCCAUGGUUAUUGGGUCAAAAGGCUAAUCUUAAACUUAGCGUGGAACACUCAAGAAAUACGUGGCAGAAAUAAAAAUAAUGAAAAGGAGCAUUCUCAUGACUUGCAAAGCUCAUUACGGAAUGAAAAAAAUACUAGUUUUUUGGGGGUUUUGAUUAGAGAAACGUUAUUUCUUUCUUUGACACUCGAGAUGAGAUUAAAUCAGAGCUAUCACAUACUGUAUUACAGCUUGGUGUUGGGUGGGUGACUGUGUCUCUGUGUUUCACUAACAGGAAUGUGACUAAACUUACCAUGCAAGUAGAGUGUAUUUUACAGUGCUGUCCCCAUUAGCAGGGCUAUAUUAUUAAGAAAGGAAAAAUAUCCACUGGAAAUAAUAAGAAAAUAAAAUAAUUUUGGCUGAACAGCUAAAUUGAUGUUCCCAGCUUGUUUCAUCACUCUUUGGAAACAGUGUGUAGAAAUGUGACAUAAUACAGUAUAUUUCUAUUUUCUCCUGGAAACUUCAGAAACUGAUAUAGAAUUAUUACAAUGAAAAUGUAAAGGAUGAUGUAAUGAGGUGUCUGAGGUAGGAAAAGUAGCUGUAUUGCUGAAAUAUGGUUUAUUACCCACAUUUUUGCAAAGAACUAUAUAUCAAUGUUUUAUGAAUAGAGGUUUAACUUUCAUUCCCUUUCAUCUUAAAGAUCACCGAGAAGGAAGGUAACAUUAAUUAAGUGAAAAAAUACACAUUUCAUUGAAUUAUUCUAUGUACAGUAUUUAAAAUCUUUCUUUAAACAUGAAAUUGUUGGCAUGCGAAAGCAGAAAGGAACACAGUAAUGGAAGAUUGCAGCUGUAGGACUGAGAUCGGCUGGAUAGCAGGUCAACAACACAUUAGCUAGAUGUUUCAAAGCAGAUCUCUGCCUAUGCUAACCAGGGAAGAAGCUAAUCAAGGGGAUUUUCAGUGCUGUUUAUUUUGUAAUCCAUGUUAUUAAU